AUUCUUUUUAUUUUUUUCUUCUGGUGCAAGGCAUCUAGAUCUUACCCUAUUAAUAUGGAAGGUCACUUCUCGCAUCAUCAUCAUCCCCAUCAGAGCCAACUCCGGCCGCUGCUGCAGCAGCAGCAGCAGAUAGGCGUCGUCGGCGUCGAAGCCAGUGGCAGCGGCGGCGGCGAUAGGUUCCCGCAAUGGAGCGCCCAGGAGACGAAGGAGUUCCUGGCGAUACGGGCCGAGCUCGACCGGAGCUUCAUGGAGACGAAGCGGAACAAGCUCCUCUGGGGGGUCAUAUCGACCCGGAUGAGGGAGAAGGGCUACAGCCGGAGUGCCGAGCAGUGCAAGUGCAAGUGGAAGAACCUCGUCACUCGAUAUAAGGGUUGCGAGACGAUGGAACCAGAAGCGAUGAGGCAGCAAUUCCCAUUUUACAAUGAGAUGCAAGGAAUUUUCACAGCGAGGAUGCAAAGAAUGCUGUGGGCUGAAGAAGAAGGAGUUGGCGGCGGCGCAGGAAGCACCUCGAAGAGCAAGAAAGCGUCUUUUUCCCAGUUGUCUUCCGACGACGACGUUGAUGACGAGGACAGCGAGGGCGAGAAGGGGAAAAAGAAAAAGAAGGCCAAGGGCAACACCGGCAUGAGCGGAAGCAGCAGCGGCGAAGUGAGGAAGAUAUUGGAGGAGUUCAUGAAGCAGCAGGCACGGAUGGAGAUGGAGUGGAGGGAGGCGUACGAGGCGCGGGAGAGCGAGAGGAGGGCGAAGGAGAUGGAGUGGAGGCAGACGAUGGAGGCGCUCGAGAACGAGAGGAUAAUGAUGGACCGGCGGUGGAGAGAGAGGGAAGAGCAGAGGAGGAUGAGGGAGGAGGCUAGGGCUGAGAAGAGGGAUGCUCUUAUCACAGCACUUCUCAACAAGCUUAGAAGAGAAGAUCACAGCAUGUAACUCUCUCUCUUCUCUCUCUCUUCCUAAUUACAGAGACAAUGAUGAAGAAGAAGCUUCCUCACGAGGUGUGUUCUUCCUGCUCCACAACUCUCAAAUCUAGGAGAUCUCAAACUGAACCGAAACAUAUGGCUUUGCAUGCUGUCUCCUGUUGUUUUUGCCUUGCCUCAAUGAGGCUCCUUUGUUUAGUACACAAGCUAGAGCUUCCAUUUUCUCAUCAAAUCGGAGAAACUCUCUCUCUCUCUCUC